AGGAGAGAGAAGGGGGAGCAGGGGCUGUGCAUCCUCUUCCUGUGCAAGGCAGGCACUCCCUGAGCUGGGGGCUGGUUCAGAGCAGCCUCCUCACAGGACAUUGUGAUGGAGCUUUGUUCAAAGGAAACCUGUGUUUGUGUUGUGCGAGUCUUUAACGUUCUUGUUUUCAUACAGGCUUUAUGUGUGUGAAGAUGGCCGCAAGUCCUGACAUCACCUUGCAGUGUCUGUAGCUGCCUGCCAGCCAGAGCUGACAUCUUUCCACCACCCUGGCAGAGUGAGUGCUCCUGGAGCUCUGCCACAGGAGAGGCACAAGAUUUUUCCAGAAAACCAAAGUGCCCAAAGCUAUUUGAUAACAAUUAUCUUAAAUGCUCAGUAAAAGCCCUGAAUUUGCCAAGUCAAUGAUUGUCAUCUGGGCCCUGUAACAAAAAAUGCAUCUUCCUCAUGACAUACAGUCUUGGCACUGACCUUUAGUACUGUGUUUGUAACUGAAGCUGUGUGUUAAUGGAAAAUGUGAUUUCAAGUUGAGAAAAAGUUGGUACCUUGGUACCUUCAGUCUUCAGCAGUGUGUCAACAGGCAAAACCACGUAGCCUGCUCACCACCCCUCCUCCAGCUGAAACAGCCUUAGCCUUAUCUUGUAAGUAGAUUUCUGUGCUGUUUCUUCUUCCUGCUCACACUUCCUCUGCUGAAAUAGAGAAGUAGUUUCCAUCUCGAGAGAAAAAUGAUAGAGAAGAGCAGGGUGCACUUCUAAGUGAUUUUUGGUGAAAUGUCUGCUUCCCUAACCUAGCUGAGAAGUGAGGGUGAAUCUUGCCCUGUUCUUGUGAGUGUCACUAGGGGUGGGAGCUGACACUUUAGGGUCUGCUUUGAGGUGUUACUAUUGGGUUCAUUGCUGUGUGAGUGACCUCUCGUGGUUUAAAGGAAGUCAGAAUGCAGCAAUAAUACUCCCAAUUCCUUAUGGCACUCUGUCUAACUUAGGAAGCUGCUUCCCGUUUCCACUUGUAGGUUGGGAAGUGAUGUGGGUACAGUUGUUAAGCCCCUGUGACUUACAUCACUGGUUUGUUUACAGGUGACAAUGUAAUACAGGCUGUGUUGGGGAUUUUAAGGAAGGACAUAAGAUUCUUAUUUAAGGCUAUUAUCAUUCAAAAGUCUUGGUGCUCAGAGUGAACACAGACUUUGUAGCAUCCUUUGUUAAAUAGGUGUGGCAAAGUCAUGUUGCUCUGUCUGGUUUUGGUGCUGUUUAUGUUGUGUUUCAUGGCAGCUUUUUCUUUGGUCUACCAGGUCUUGCUAUACAGGUGCCUGCAGAAAUCUCCCAGUGUCCUGCUUCCCCCGUGGAGCCAGAGGCCAGGGAUGUCCCCCCAGGGCCACCACAGAGCAGGAGCCAGCUGCAGCCCAGGCGAGGGGCCUGUCCCCAGCCCAGUCCCCCAGCCAGCACGGGUGACACGUAACUGUGUCCCUGCCCAGGGCAGAGCUGGGCCCUGCAGCCCGGCUGGGUGUGCAGGGGUACAGCCCACAGGCACACAAAGCCCACAGCCGGGACAGAGAGACCCUGCCAGGGUGAACCGCCGGCCACACCUCGUGUGGAGCUGCACGCUGGCAUCUGCCCCGGGAGGCUGGGCUGUAAUUACAGUGUGAAACUAGGUGGAAGUGUCUAGUCUUAAUUAAAAUGAGAUACGGGUUCCAAAGCACGGCGUGCUGACCUGUGUGAGGUAUCUGAGCAGGGACCCAGCAGCCCGGGUGAGUCACUGCUGCUCGCUGGCUGGAGGAGGCACCAGCAGCUCCCAGAGCUGCGGGCAGGCUCUGUCAGGAGAUGACGUGGCCCCAUGUUCUGUGCUCUGAAAGUGAAAUAAUGUGGGUUUCGGGUGCUUUACGUAGCCGCUUUUAUCUCUGCCUGGUCGAUAGAGCUGCGAGGAGGACUCUGAGCUGUAACUGAGCGCUCGGUUCAGAGGUGAUGUCCCACGGGCGGUGGUGUGUUGGUGCUGCUGAGGGCAGCACUGAGCCUGGCUGGCAGUGGCAGUGCUGACUGCAGCAUUGUAAGGGAUGAAACCUGUUCUCUGUGGAAACAGUGUAUGGAAUCAGCUUAUUUGCCGAUGGUGCUCUCCUUCAAAGCUGUUUUCUUUAAGUCCCUCCCAAGGGUCUGGAGCAAUAACUGAAAUAAUUGAUGGGAAAGAGUCUCUCAUGUUGUCAGAACCUGUAAAAUAUUCACUCAUAGGGGAGGCUUUGCUGUUUGUUUGGUUUGUGGCUCCUUGGUGUUCUGCUGGUUCAGUCUGAGUGUGUUGUGACAGCUCUCUUAGCCGUGCCUUACUUCCUCCUAAGCAUAUUUCUAAUUAUUAGAUUUGUGUAGGAUUUGAGACUCCGUGACACUGCCAGUUUCUGGGUGACCUCAAUUGCUGCCUGAGAAGGAAAAUGGAAACUGUAGCACUUCCCUCCUGUGGGCAUAUGGGGAAGGAUGUGUUAGAAAUGUGGAGGGGCUUGGACUUGCUUGGAAUCAAAUGGAUCAGUGUUACAGAAUAAUUUUGAAAUUGGACUUCUUGCAUGUAAAUAAAUAAGUGGACUAGAACUUAAAUAGCAAAGUUGAAAAUUUCUCAGACUUAUGAAAAGGAUUAGUAUUUCAUACAUUUGUGAGACUACAAUGUAACUUGUUCAGUCUUAAGACUCAUGCUUCUACUAAAAGGUUUAACUGAUUUAUGACUGCAACUCAAUAAAGCAAACAAUCAUCUUUCUGGGAAAUUUCUGGCUUUUCCAGAAAUUGUUUCUUUUUUCCUCCCACUAGGCUGACUGGUUCAUACAGUUUUAUGUGCUUAGAAGAUCUACCUGACAUUAUGUUUAAGUUAUUUGGGCAGCCCAGAAAAGAGAAAAUACACUUGCUCUCGGUGACAUUCCUGAAGGCCUACUUGUCUUUUUGGGAACUGGCAAGAUAGGAUGAUCAGUCAUCAGCUUGGGAUUCAUCCUACUGCCAGGACAGAUCUUAGACCCCUUUUCUUCAAAAUUAAGUAUUUCAAUAGAUAUAUUGAAUAUGUAAUUUUAUAUAUAUAGAAAAUUCAAAUUAAUAAUGACUGUGUAAUCACUGACAGCCUGCCUUCUGUGGGAAAACCAAGAAGAAUUUAACUGAAUUUUCAGAAAGCUUAUUUAUGUUGGAAAAGAGAGAAAGCUGUUCACAGAGCAAACGUAAGUGCUGGAGCAUGUUGCAGCUGUGUGGGGUGGUGAAGGAUUUUCUAAGAUGAUAUUGGAUAACCACUGCUGGAAGAAGGAGUGUGUGAGGCGUGUGUGGCUCCUGCCUCUGUGUGUUGGGCUGUCAUGUGGGACCUCUAAAGUCCCUUGCAGUGCCGUGUCUCGGUGACCACAGUCACAUUACUGAUCCUGUCAUCAUUUUCCAUUCGCUGUUCCAGGAAUUAGCACACCCUCGCCAAAUGCUCUAGGUCUAAUCUCAGUAAUGCAGAUGUUUUAAUAGGUUAGAAGAAAGGUUUUUAGCUGCAGGCCCUGCCCAGUGUCAGGCUGUGGUUAGAAGUGCUCGGGUGUCCAGCUGCAUUCCUUUCCUUUCAGCUGUCUCUGAAGUAGUUGUCAGCACAGGAUCAUCCAAAUGGCCCCAUCUUGGGGCCCAGUUUAAUAAUCUGGAAAGGUUUUGUGAAUGUACCCCUGAGACCUUGGGACAGUCACAAUGUAGGAAUGUUUCCUGGGUUUGGAAAUACGUCUGUCUUGUAGCUGUCACCAGAAGGCCCUGGAAGAGGAGCCAUGAAGUGGGAAUCACAUUUGGUCACUUCAAAAGCAGCAAGCUCCCAGCUUCCAGUGGAUACUGCUCUGUUGUCCUCCACUGCCUUGUGUGAAGAAUGGCUUUGACAUGCCUUUCCCUCUGCUGUGAGCUGUAUUCCUGGAAUUUGGUGCACCCUGGAUUCACCUGGCAUUGCAGACUCCACUUGGCAGCUUCCUCAGACAAAGCCAUUGGCUGUAGGAUCCUUCCUGUUGCUCAGUGUGAAAAAAAUAAAGGACAGCAAAAAUAAAGGUACCAGCCCAGUGCUGUGCACUGCUGCACAGGUGUGUGGUGAGGUGCCUCUCCCCAGCUGGAAAUCACCAAGUGUUGUGUGAUGCCCAAGUCCUUGGAGGCAUCAGUGCUCCUUUGAUUCAUUUCAGAGGCUUUCUCUCACUGCAUAAAUUGCUUUCUCAUGUCUUUGAAGUGACCUGUUUGAAUUAAACAUCACAGAGUGCUUUUUAUAAAGCUGUGCCAACAACAAAGUGCAACUGGCAUAUCAAAAAUGAGAUAAAGUGCUCUGGAUAUCACCAGAGUCAGGGUAGUAUUUAGUUUCUUGUACAGCUUGUGCUGUCAUUUGUAUUUGCUUACAGCAAGCUGCCUUCUGCAGUCCUGGUAAUAGUUUAUGCAUAACAUGUAAAAUCUGAAAAAGGAGGAAAAGUCAGCAAUGCCCGUUGAUGCACGCUGGAAUGUGUGAUUGCUGGACUGAGCUGCUCAUCCCUGCACACCGAGUCCUCUCCUGGGUUUGUUGUGGGGCACCACCAGCACCACGAGAGGGAGCGUGGAAGCAGCGAGUGGCUUGUCCUGGGAUGGUCCAGCUGAGAGCAGGGCGCUGCUCCGGCCCUGGGAGUCAAACACGCGCGGCACAGGUUGAAAACACAACAGAAAUAGGAAUAAAUUUAUAUUUCAGGGCUUCGGGACUUCAAAGAAUGUUUUGCACCUAGGGUUAAUUUGUCUCAGGUGUCUGGAAUUGUAGUUGUGCUUGAAGUCUUUAGUGCAUAAUCGAGGUUAUUUGGGAUUUCCUGCUCUGUUAUUGCAGCAAACUCCUCAUCUUCUCUUUAGCUUGGGAACACAGCUGAUCCAUUCUUCUGGAGUGGCUCUGCAUCAAUCAGUUUUUAGGCGGUCAUCUCGUUUGCUCCAGCCUCCGCUCCACAUCUGUGACUGCAGCUUUCUCCAUCCAGCUGAGAGGGAAUUAUGUGUGCAAGAGGAGUCAGGGCUCCCUUCCCAGCUCCCUGCUCACACUGCUAGGACUGCCGUGCCUGCCGCACACCCAGCCGCGUGCUCGAGGAUGCUGCACCUCAAAGUCCAGUUCCUGGAUGAUUCCCAGAAGAUCUUUGUAGUUGAUCAAAAAUCCUGUGGGAAAGGGCUCUUCAACCUCACCUGCAGCCACCUCAACCUUGUGGAGAAGGAAUACUUUGGGCUGGAGUUUCACAGCCAGGCUGGGAACCAGGUCUGGUUGGAACCACUAAAACCCAUAACAAAGCAAGUCAAAAAUCCUAAGGAGGUUCUUUUCAAAUUUAUGGUGAAAUUUUUCCCAGUGGACCCCGGUCACCUGAGAGAAGAACUGACCAGGUACCUCUUCACCCUGCAGAUCAAGAAGGACCUGGCCCAGGGGCGGCUGCCCUGCAGUGACAAGAGCGCGGCGCUGCUGGUCUCCCACCUGCUGCAGUCCGAGCUGGGCGACUUCCACGAGGAGACAGACCAGCAGCACCUGGCCACGCACAGGUACCUGCCCAACCAGGAGUACCUGGACAACAAGAUCAUGCACUACCACCGGAGACACAGAGGGAAGACUCCGGCCGAGUCGGACGUUCAGCUGCUGGACGUGGCCAGGAAGCUGGAGAUGUACGGGAUCCGCCCGCACCCCGCCAGCGACGGCGAGGGGACACAGAUCAACCUGGCCGUGACACACAUGGGGGUGCUGGUGCUGCGGGGCAAUACAAAGAUCAAUACCUUCAACUGGUCCAAAAUUCGCAAACUGAGUUUCAAGAGGAAGCAUUUUCUCAUCAAGCUCCACGCAAACAUCUCUGCGCUGUGCAAGGACACACUGGAGUUCACUAUGGUGAGCAGGGACACCUGCAAGGCCUUCUGGAAGACAUGUGUGGAGUACCACGCCUUCUUCAGGCUCUCUGAAGAGCCCAAGUCAAAGCCCAAAGCCCUUCUGUGCAGCAAAGGUUCCAGCUUCCGCUACAGUGGCAGGACUCAGCGGCAGCUGCUGGAGCACGGGAGGAAGGCGAAGAUGAAGAGCCUGCCCUUUGAGAGGAAACACUACACAUCCCGCUAUGAUGAGAGGCAGUGCCGCUCCUCCCCGGACCUCCUGACAGAUGUAUCAAAGCAGGUGGAAGAGCUGCGCCUGGCCUAUGGCAACCGUGGCUCCUACCACGCCAACGGAGUGCAUGGCUCCGAGCCCACCCUGGACAGCCGGCGCCACAGCUCCACCCUGGAGGUGGCGUUUGCCACUGAGCUGGAGCACUCCAAGCCCGAAGCAUCCCCCACCUUCCUGCCCCACUCCAAAAGCUCGUCUGCCUUCCCCCUGCUCUACGCCGAGCUGGAGAUGGAGCGGGCGUGGGAGCCCAUCGACCUCUUCGGAGCAAGGAAUCCCUUGACAUCCUUUCGGCCCCAGUUCGCUGGGAACAAUAAAAGCACCUCUGUGGGCAACAUGCGGGAAGUGAGCGCCCGGCCGCUGGUGUACACGGAUGUGCCCUGUCCCCUGCCCGUGGUGGCUCCAGCCCCCCCUGUGCUCUUCUACCUGGACAGGGCGCUGCAGUCCCCUGGCCCUGCACUGGCCCCUGGCGAGGACACAGCAGGACUGGCCGGUGCAAGUGGCCCCGUGGCAGCAAAACCGCCCCGACAGAGCCCGAGCGGGACCCAGGCUGGGCAGUUCCAUCGUGAGGCUGCAGGCACGGCCAUGAGCACGAGCACGGUGGGGGAGAGCAGGUCACUGGCUCGCUCCUUCGAUUACGGCCUUCAGGAGCAGCCUCCCAGGCGGUCCUGGAGCCAGUCGGACAUGAAAACCAUCCGCUUCCCCUACGGCUCUGAGUUCAGGCCCCUGGGGCCGUGCCCGGCGCUGAGCAGCCGCAAAGGGGGUGUUUUUUGGCACGUCCCAGCCCAGCAAGGGCUGGCUCCGGGGCCACGGCGCUCCACCGAGCGCUACCUGGGCAGCAGCACCGAAUCCAGCGACUCUGACUCGGAUCUGCUGGCUGCAGACUACUGCUCCCUGUACGGCCGCGUGCUGCGCUCACCCAUGGCCCGCGUGCGGCUCUCCUCGGGCAGCCUCCAGCUGGAUGAGGAGGAUGAGGAGGUGUCCUUCGCCACCGGUGCUGCUGAAGAGAGGAUUUCCAAAGGGGCCUCCAAGUAUUUCACCUAGGUGCCUGACACCAGCCAGAGGCGGCAGAGGUGGCCAGUGCUGACCCAGGGUCAAAGAACGGUGACACUCUUUGUUUGCAGGUCUGCUUACAGCUUAUGAAACAUUGAUGGGAUUGUGUUGUGUGAGUGCUCUUAGCUAUAGAGGAUGUGUUAAUGGACAUCAGGGGCUGUGUUCAGAAGUAUUCAACCCCUGCACCACACUUGGAAGCUGGUUUGCCUUUGCCACCACACUUUGAUGGGGGGAGGUCUUCCUUCAGCCAGAGGCCAGGGAUUUCCUGAAGUCCCACUAAACCCCUGUGUCCUGCCCAAGCUGAUGCCUGGAGCUCAGCUGCUGGAAUCUUCAUUGAGGGGGAAGGAGAAAAACAGACUUCUCACAGAAUAGUUUCAGCUGCCCCUUUUCCCAGCUGCAGGGAAGCACACUGAAGGGAAGGGUGCCCUUUUGGAAAGGAGCAAGAUCUCCAUGGGAGGCUGCUCCUGGAGCUGAUACCAUGCGGACAGGACAAAAUCCCAGCACACAUCUCAUCUCCUCCACCUGCCUCACCUCCCUCUAGUGAUGCAGGGAGCACCUGGCACUCAAAGACUCAAAGGCUCUGUGUGUGCCUGUCUCCUCCCUGGCCAGUUUAGAGGAUUAUCCUUCUCCAGAAGUCUCUCAGUAGUGUUUGUCAAGCUUUUAGAAGCACCCCAUGGCGAGCACUGGGAAGUGGGCUCAUGCUCUUUAACUGCUUUGCUUGGGCUCAUCUGGCAGCACCGUGACAGCCCCAGUACCUCAGUGCUCUGCUUCAGUCUAAGGGUGAGAGAUGUGUAAUGGGGUUCUUUGGGGUCCUUUGCUUCCCCAAAUCUGUCCUCAAUGAAGCAGCAUGGGAAAGAGGCAGGAGCAGGUAGGAAAGGAACAGGCAGCUUCUUGGAAGUAUUUUUAUUUUAAAAAACUUACUAUUACCCUAAACCUCCAUGAAAUCUGCUUGGAAAUCUUGAGAAUGACACCUCUGUAAGAUUUUAGGGGGGUGGAUCUUGAUAAUUUUCUUUAAGAACAACCCUGUAAGUCUUUGUAGGACAUGAAAAAUCCACAGUGGAGAAACCACUGCAGCCUGCUAGAAGGAUUUCAGAAACAAGGAAGCUGGGACAAAAAAAGAUUAAAAUGUAGAAAGAACUGAGCUUAUGGGCCCCGCUCACUCUACAUGUUGCUGCUGUCCUUUGUUUUAAAAGGUGGACAAUAAAAAACAGUUGUUCACACUGGAAUUUUGAGUUCCUCCUUCUGAAAUCUGCAGCCCCCAAUCCUGCAAGCACCACUUCCACCCCCAGCACAUCUUGCCCUGCACCUCCCAGCUUAGGAGCUUCCCUCCUCAGUGCUCCAAGGAGCUGGUUUCCCUCUCCUGCUCUGCUGCCUGGCUCCCUCUGUGCCUUCGCUGUCCCAGCAACUGGGGAGACUUGUGGAGAUCCCGGAACGCUGCUGAAAACAGCCACAUUCUUGGUUGGUUGCCCAAAGAAAUG